ACUCAAGAAUACCCAUUUUCAGCACUACUAUUAUGGCGGAACAAACUCCGGGGAUCACUUCCUCUUCCACCUAAAAUGUCGAGGGUUUUGAUUUGUCGGAUAAUGAAUUCACUGGUGAAAUCUCGGAUGAAGUAAGUGCAAGACUGUCAAAUACUGAUCAUGUAUCACUAUCUGGUAACAAUCUUAGUGGUUCGAUUUCUUCUGCUAUUUGUUCACGAGGAAGUAGUCUAAGUGUUCUAGAUAUCUCAAAGAACAAAUUAUCUGGAAGAAUACUUCUACUCUGAAGUAUUGUAGUUCUCUUAUUUCACUAAAUCUUGGUGCUAACAAUCUCACUGGAAACAUUCCAAAUGAGCUUGAAAGUGCAAAAAAUCUAAAGUUUCUUCAACUUUAUGAGAACAAUUUAAAUGGUACAUUUCCUACCUAUAUCGAACAAUUUCACUAUUUGGAAGUUCUCAGCUUGUGGAGUAACAAUCUUGAAGGCGGUAUACCCCAUUUCCUUGGUACAUUAAGUAAUAUCAGGAUCAUUUCCUUAAGCUCAAAUAUGUUUAAUGGAUCGAUCCCGAAAGAAAUUACAGAUUUGCAUAAACUACAAUUUUUAGACCUGUCAAAUAAUAAAUUGUCUGGUUCAGUUCCUGAGAAGAUAGGAAACUUGGAGAUGCUAACAAGUAUGUCAAAUACCAGUCUCGUGGUUGGUGACGUAAUCUCACUGGUAUAUUCUGGUGUGGUACUACAAAUACAGUGGAAAAAGGCAACAGAACAACUUGGGGUUGUAUACACUUACAAUACUGGAAUUGAUCUUUCAAGAAACUUCCUGGAGGGAACCAUUCCAAAUGAUAUUUGUCUACUGAAAGGACUUAAGAUGCUUAAUCUAUCACAUAACCACCUACAUGGUAUGAUCCCAAUGAAUGUCGGGAACAUGGUUGGUUUAGAGUCACUGGAUUUGAGUUUCAACAGAUUGGCUGGACAUAUUCCAUUGUCUCUUACCUCGAUCGAUCCUCUCAGCACUCUGGACCUGUCUUACAAUAACUUCAGUGGAAUGAUUCCUAGAGGUGCGCACUUCGAUCUAGUGAGUUUAGAUGGUUCAGCUUAUGUUGGCAACUCUUUGUUAUGCGGUCACCCGACAAAAAAGAUUUGUGAACAGUUGAAUCCUAGUAUUAGCCUGCCAAACAGUGAAGCGAAAGAAAAUGGCAAACUGGUGUUUUAUGCUGCUUUUGUUGUAGGUAUUGGAACUGGAAUUUGGGGCUUCCUUUUGGUUUUGGUUUUGGUUUUCUUUCUAAUCAAAAAAAAGUGGUGGCUGGGGUAUUGGAGAUUUGUUGAUACUGUUGCAUUGAGAAUAACCGGAUACAUUUUGAAGAAGUGAUAAGGGCUGUGGGUGUUGAGUGUUAAGCUUCUUAGAGUUUGAGCUGUUUGUUAAGGAAUUUCACAUUGUAGCUAUAUGUAUAUGAAAGUUGAAUUUUACCAUAAACAGGGACACUUUGUUAUUGCAAGAGUUAAACAAUGCUGUAACUUUGGUCUUGGAAAAUAGAUAAAUAGAUGCAAAUAGAUAGGCUUAGACAGCUUAUGCAAUAGAUAUAACUUGAGUUACUAUUGCAUUUUGUUAAUUAGAUCCCGAAGAAUAAAAACUACUUGAAAAACACUACUAAGCAAUUUGAACUAGCUCAUACACAAGUCUAUAGUAUGGGAAUUUGUUUGUGAUCUAAAAUCAUUACCUACAUUUUAAUAAGUGAUCCAUAUUUACUUGAUACUCAAAUUUAUCUCUUUGGUUGAAAAAUUGCUCAAUAACUCAGAAUCUACUGUGACUAAAAUUGCCUAGCAACAAAAUAUUCUUCAAUGACCCAAAAGACCACACCAUCCGAAAAUUGUCAUGUGAUAAAAAAAAAUGUUCCUUGACCCAAAAUCUGAAAAAUUCAUGACCUUUCUACUCUAUAAUCUCGUGACAUAGGUUCUGCAAGUGAACCUAAAUCUACUUAUAUGAUUCAAAAUGUGCCUCAUGACUCAAAUCUUUUACUGCCCCAAGGCCUACCUCAUCCUCAAAAAAGACGUCACAUGAUUCAAAAUCUGCUGUGUGCGCCAAAUUUGAUAAUGUGAUCCAAAAUUUGCCUACAUCUACCGAGGUGUGACUCAAAGUCUAUGUUAUGACCCAAAAAUACGACAAGCGACCUAUAAUUCAAACAUGCCUCGGCCUAAUUUGUCACUACCCAAAAUUUGCCAAUGUGUCCCAACAAAGGACUUCUGACCAAAACUUUAAUCUAAUCAAAAUAGGGGAAAUUGGGAUAAAUUGACAUAAACCCAUGGAUAAGAACUCAAACUUCACUAGCAUUAGAUAUCAAAAACCCUAAUCUUAUACUUAGAGUUCUAGAACCUACAGCUAGAAAACUAGGGAUAUAUAUGGCUUGAUGAAUGAUAAGCAAAAUUCUCGAAAAAUGUGGGAUGUCAUUCCUUCAAAUACCUAAUAUAACCAUAACCUGUCCAUAUAACCAUAAUCCUAAUUCAAUGUACUAAAAAAUUGAUACAUAUCAGAUCAAAUCCCAUUUGCAUCCAAAAACAUUGCAACUAACAAAACUCAAAUCGAAAACAAGUUAUGUAUGCCCAGUGAAAUUACUAACCUGGAAAAGGAGACGAAAACCCCCAUUUUUCACAUUGCUAAUUCAACAUUUUGUAGCUUGAAGUUGUAGUCGAAUUUUCUCCGUUCCGUCUUUGUUUUCAUCAACUUCUGCAGAUUCGAGAAAUCCAAUUAAUCUCUGUUGGUCUAAGUAACUCAAUUGAUCAACCCUUAAAUUGAGAAGAGGAAACGAUGGAUUGUGAUUAAUUGAGUAAACUUAAUGAACAGAGAUUGGGUAUGAUUAAUGUGUGUUCAUCUUUGUAGAAACGUUAGGGAGAAGUUUUGUUGCUGAAGAGAAUGGGAAGCGUGGU